AUGCAGUUCACCAUCUCCGCCGCUGCCCUCAUGGCCUUCGCCGCUCAGGCUCUUGCCCAGGUCGCUGACUUCGACCCCGUCCUCACCCCCACCAACUGGGAGCAGGUCAAGACCGGUGAGACCCUCGAGAUCACCUGGCAGGCCAAGCCCAAGUACUCUGGCGAGAAGAUCUCCAUCUCUCUCAUCGGUGGUGCUACCCAGAACACCCAGGUCCCCAUCAAGACCAUUGCUACCGGUGUUGACAACGACGCUGCCUCUUUCUCUUGGACCAUCGACUCUUCCGUCGGCACCAACAACGUCUACGGUCUCGUCCUCAAGCUCGAGAGCAACCCCGAGGUUUUCCAGUACUCUUUCCCCUUCAAGAUUGAGGGUGGCGAGACCGAGGAGAAGCCCUCCGAGACCAAGAAGGACGACUACGAGCUCCCCACUGAGGCUCCCAAGCCCACCAAGGAGGCUUACCCCGUUCCUCACACCACCGUCGUUGCUGUCCACGAGACUGUCACCGUCCCUUGCAACACCACCACUGUUGGCGGCUCUCCCACCACCUUUGUCCCUGUUGUCAAGACUCACUACCCCGUCCCUCCUCCUGCCCACCAGGCUCCCCCCGCCAACAACGGAACUGCUCCUCACCCUCCCGUUUACACCGCCCCUGCCCAGCCUAACGUUCCUGUUGUUCCUACUCAGCCCGCUGGUCAGCCCCCUGUCUACGGUCAGCCCACCCCUACUCCCGUUCCCGUCUCCGGUGCUGCCCGUUUCGGUGCUCCCGUUGCCGUUAUUGCUGGUCUCGUCAUGGCCGCUUUCGCUCUGUAA